CACAAAUCAACAGCGUCAAAUUAUGAGUUCGCUCCACUUCGCCAACGCGCUGUUUUCCAAACACCAACAAGCCGCUGCGACCUGCUCCGCUCCGCACUACACGGACUCCCCAACUUCUCCCUCCCCGUCUUCCUCUGCCUGUCCCGCCGCGUCUUCUUCUUGCGGCCUCGCUUCCAGCGGAUAUCACCACCAUCAUGUCUCUAAUGGGAGAGGCAGCGGAAGACUCUCUUUCCCUCCGCCCUCCUCUUCUUCUUCUCCUUCCUCCUCCUCCUUUCCCUCCUCCUCUACUUCCUCAUGGUUGUGUUUGUCUCUUUCGGGACUAAACGGGAAGACCGGGGUUACUCAGCCCGGCGCGCAUCCCCCGAACCCCGCAGAAAUACGCACAGGAGAGGACUAUAGCGCGCUGGGAGCCGCGCCGUUGAGCUCCUCUCUACAGAAAUGUCCCCCGGAGCGGUUCCCCGGUCCGUCUCAGCUCUGCUCGCUGGCCACCAUGCUCCCCGAGCCGGCCUGCAGGAUGCAGAGACGCCCGGAGCAGCAGCUAUCCCAGCAAAACCAUGAAAGACUACGCAUUUACCCCUGGAUGAGAAGCUCAGGUGCCGACAGGAGGCGCGGCCGGCAGACCUACACGCGCCACCAGACGCUCGAGUUGGAGAAGGAGUUCCACUUCAACCGGUACCUCACGCGACGACGGAGGAUCGAGGUCGCGCACGCGCUCUGCCUCACGGAGCGGCAGAUCAAGAUCUGGUUCCAGAACCGGAGGAUGAAGUGGAAGAAGGAGAACCGGGUGACGGAGAGCGACUCCCCGACAGCUGCUGUACCGACGCCCGAAGAACAAGAAGAGGAGGCUGAUGGAUGAUGAUGAUGAUGAUGAUGGUGAUGAGGAGGAGGAGGAGGAGGAGGAGGAGUGAUGAACAACAGCUCCACCGGACACUUUUAGAUAACAAACACUAACAAGGUUUUUCAGCUUUGAUGGCUCAAAUAAAACGUGACCUUGGCUCUGCAGGCAGGUUUCUAUCAUCCAGCACUGCCAGAGAAACACCUGCCAUCACAGGCACUGACUUGUAACUCACAUCAGUGGAGUUAUUUUGCUGUGGUCUGUACAUAAUUCUAUUUAUUUCAGCUUCUCCAGGGUGGUUAAACCACCAACACACCGUGUUAACAUGAGAUGUCAGAACAUCUCCCUGUGUGUCUCUGAAACCUGUCCAAGACGCAGCGGAAAACAGUGAAGGUGUUUGUUUUGUUUUUUUUCUGAAAGGUUCAGUUUCUGUGUGGUUUCUUCCAGCACACUUUCACAGUUCCAGUUCAGGUUCUGAUAGAACCACAUAGAACCAUUCACUCUGUGAGAGCACCGUUCUCCUCUGAUCUGCUGCAGAAAGGGACAAAAAAUAGCUGUCGAUGUUGUUCGUGUUACUGAUGAAGACAGUGUGAGACGUUUGAAAGGACGUCAGGGUGGAGUUAUUACAGCUUCACGUCUGGCUUUCAGACACCUCCACGGGUUCAACUCAGGACCAUCACCAGGGCUGAAACCAGGCUCUGAAAAACACUGAGGUCAUGAGUCUCCCACUGACUUAAGAAAUGUCUCUGUACAAUAUUCAAGCUGUUUAAAAAAAGAACAUUUUAUGACUUUGAAUUUCUGUUCAUUUAAUCUCCUCAUACAGCAUGUAUGUAUUUCUAUAGUGGAAGAUGAUAAAACCCCCUUCAAUGUAUUUUUUAUUUGCCUAAAAACUUUUGUUAUUUAACACAAAAAAAUAACCCAGUGUGAUAUUUGGUAAGAAUAUGAGUUUGACUCUCUAAAGCUGCUGAUGCAAAGGAACAUGACACACAAAGUGUGCUGAGUUAAAUGCUGAGAAUUCACAAUAGUGGUUAAACUAUGUGUAAACUAUGUGCAAUUUGUACUGUGAUGUGAUUUUUUGAUUUAAUAAUUCAUUUUGAAAAAAAAAGGGAAAACUUCUUAACGUGUUUGGGUGAAAUAAAGGGAUGUAUUUGGAAAUACUCUGUCAGUGAGUUCCUGUCUGUCACGUCUUUGUUUAUAAAUUGUAGAUUGAUUAUGUUUCUCUUUUCUUGUAUGUAAAUAACAAU